AUGGUCAAAUCUUCCACUCUUUUCUUGGCAGCUCUGCCAUAUGCUGCAGCAUGGCCCGAGGUCAUGCAGAUGAACGAGAACAUCCUUUCCAAGCGUGUGGAGCCUCCACCAAGAGAGCCCAUGGUCAAGAACACCCGGCCAAACACUUCCACUCCUCCGGCUGGCUUUAAUGCAGAGGAGCAAUACGUUGACGUGACUGAAGGCUCUGGUCACGAGUUCCGAAGCCCAAAGGCUGGUGAGCUUCGUGGUCAAUGUCCCGGACUCAACGCGGCUGCAAACCAUGGGUUCCUCCCACGCAAUGGAAUUGCGAACACCGUGCAGACGACACAGGGUCUGGGUGAUGCCUUUGGCAUGGCUCCGGAUCUUGCUGUUUUCCUGUCUAUUGUUGCCAUCGGUAUCUCUGGAGACCCUGUCGCGGGAACUUGGUCGAUCGGUGGUGGGUACGACGGCGCGCUGUCCGUACUCGGCCGACCAACUGGUAUUGCUGGAACCCACAACCAGUACGAGUCCGAUGCGUCUAUAGUGCGAGGAGACGCGUACUUGAACAAUGGAAACGUUGGUGUCUUCCAGAUGCGCUCUUGGGAGCACUUUUACAACAUGGCCGAGGAGUAUACCUUCGAGGAGGCAGCCGCGCAGUCCGACUAUGUGACUCGAUGGUCGAUUAUGAACAACCCGUACUAUUUCGCGGCGCCAUUCGCUGGUUUCGUUAGUCCGGCGGCUCACAAUUUCGUUAUUAACUUCAUGUCCAACCGCAGUGCGGAGAACCCUGGCGGUGUGCUCAACCGCAAUGUUCUGAAGCAAUUUUUCGCUGUCACGGGCGAGCCCGGCAACUUCGUACACCACCGCGGCCAGGAGCGCAUUCCAAAGAACUGGUACAGGCGCCCGACAGCCAACGCCUACACCAUCCCUGGCGUUUUCGCCGACUUGUUCGCCAACAACGCCAUGUACCCCGGCAUCCUCCKCAUCGGUGGAAACACCGGUACAGUCAACAGCUUUGCAGGAAUCGACACCGGUGAUCUCACCGGAGGCCUCAUGAACACUGCCCAGCUCGCAGAGGGUAACAACGCCGCUUGCUUCUUCCUUCAGGCCGCUUCCCUCGGCUUCCCUGACGCUGCCACUCCUCUUGAAGGCCUUGGAAAGUCCGUCUUGGAGUGGGCCACCGAGCAGCUCGCGCCAAUCAACACUGGGCUUGGCUGCCCUCAGUUGACUGUUCUCGGCGGAUCACAGUUCGCCAAGUACCCUGGAGCCAGCUACAAGGCUGAGGGUCAGCAGGAUAAGAAGAAGUUGCUUGGGAUCAUUCUUUAG